GGUACAACGCCUUCGAUUCCUACAUUUUUCUUUUAUUUCUGGUUCUUGCUGUUGAUCUCUGCUUGAAAUUCAUUUCAUUUCUAAAAUCUACUCCAUUAAGGUUUCCGAGAAAGUGACAUUUCGAUCUCCAAUUUGAGUAAUCGAUACGGAUCUUUGAGGAGGUGAAAAUGGGUUUAAAGCAGACGAUUAAGAGCUUGGAUGCGUUUCCUCGAGCAGAAGAGCAUUUGUUGCAGAAAACUCAAACUGGGGCGCUAGUGUCUGUUAUUGGAUUGGUCAUAAUGGCGACACUAUUUUUUCACGAACUGAGAUAUUACCUCGCCACAUAUACGGUUCAUCAGAUGUCGGUAGACUUGAAACGUGGAGAAACUCUUCCCAUUCACAUAAACAUGACUUUUCCUUCUUUACCUUGUGACGUGUUAAGUGUAGAUGCAAUCGAUAUGUCGGGCAAGCAUGAAGUGGAUCUUGACACAAAUAUAUGGAAACUUCGUCUAAACAGCAAUGGCCAUAUCAUCGGCACUGAAUAUCUGUCUGACCUCGUGGAGAAGGAACACGCUGAUCACAAGCAUGAUCAUGAUAAGGAGAAAGAUCAUCCUCAUAUACAUGGCUUUGAUCAAGCUGCUGAAGCUUUGGUAAAAAAGGUUAAGCAAGCAAUAGCAGAAGGAGAAGGCUGUCGGGUUUAUGGGGUUCUAGAUGUUCAGAGGGUUGCUGGGAACUUCCACAUUUCAGUUCAUGGCUUGAACAUUUUUGUGGCCCAAUUGAUUUUUGAUGGGUCUAAACAUGUGAAUGUCAGUCACAUGAUUCACGAUUUGUCUUUCGGUCCAAAAUACCCUGGAAUUCACAACCCUCUUGAUGGUACAGUUCGAAUUUUACAUGACACAAGUGGGACCUUUAAAUAUUAUAUAAAGGUAGAAAUCCAUUUUCCGCCUUAAGAUACAUGUGCAUAAUUUUUUAUUUCAUAGUUUGCAUGAUGACUUAAUAUAUAUUACUACACAUUCCAAAAUUGGAGGUGAGGGGCUCUCUCCCUCUCCCUCUCAUGUUAAGGGAAACAGAAAUCUAUUUUCCAUGGUAAGCAAAAUAUGUUAUUACCCGUGUGCUUGUAUUGCAGUCUGAACUGAUUUGUAAAUCAGGAAAUCGUACUAAAUGACAUCUGAGAGAAAUUAGAUGGUAAAAUUAUUUUUUGAAAAUAUAGGGUCCUUGUACUGGACGUGAAUCUGGCUGGCUGGCCUUUGUUCCAAUUAGGAAUCAUUUUUUACUCGUAUCGUCUACUUCCUCUCUCAUUAGCUAUUAUUGGUUUAUCGAUAAACGAGUGGAUACUGG